AUGAGCCGCGCGCGCCCCGGCGUCCCCGCCGUCCGGCCCCUGCCCGCGGGGCUCCCGCUGCUGCUGCUGCUGCUGCUGCGCCCGGCCGCCGUGUGGGGUGAGUGCGGGUUCAGGAGCCGUCCUGAGCGGACCGCGCAGCCGGACGGGGGCUCCGGGCAGGCGGGCGCGGGCGCGGGCGCGGGGAGGGUCGUCAGGCUUUGUCCUCGCCAUCCACGGAGGCUCUGGGCGUCUGGGACGCGGCCCCUGGGGCGGGAGAUCUCCACCGUGACCGCCCCCCCGGACCCCCGGGCCCCCCGACCCCCCGACGCCCCGGUCCCCCGGACCCCCGGGCCCCCCGACCCCCUGACCCCCCGGCUCCCCGAGCCCCCGGCCCCCCGAGCCCCCGUGGCUUUAGGACGCAGGCUGAUUCUGGUCGCCCCCUCCUCCCGCGGAUCGGCUGUGCGUGUGUGUGAGUGUGAGCGGGCGUGUCACCCGGCGCCGCACGCGGGGCCGCCUUAUCUCGUGGCCGGCAACAGUGACUGCGGCCUCCCCGCCCAGGUACCCAACGCCCAGCCAACCCUGGGGGAUCUCCAGAGCUUUCCCGAGGGCCACACGGUCACCUACAAAUGCAAGGAAGGCUUUGAGAAGAUCCCGGGCAAGCCGGAUUCCGUGGUCUGCCUCCCCAGCCACCAGUGGUCAGAGCUCGGAGAGUUCUGCAACCGUAGCUGUAAAAUUCCACCCAGGCUAAAUUAUGCAUUUCUCAAAAAGGAAUAUAGCAAACAGAAUUACUUCCCAGUUGGGUCCAUUGUGGAAUAUGAAUGCCGGCCAGGGUACAGAAAGGAUAUUACUAAGUCAGAAAAAUUAACUUGCCUUCCAAGUUUAGAAUGGAGCAAACCAACUGAAUUUUGUCAAAAAAGAUCAUGUCCUAAUCCUGGAGAAAUACAAAAUGGUGCUAUCAACAUAAAAACUGACAUAUUAUUUGGUUCAUCUAUCUCCUUCUCAUGUAACAAAGGGUUUAAAUUAGUUGGUGCCACUUCUAGUUACUGUGUUCUUACAGAUAACACUGUUGGCUGGAGUGAUCCAUUGCCAGAAUGUGUAGAAAUUUAUUGUCCAGACCCACCAGUGGUUAAGAAUGGAAUAAUGCGAGGGGAGAGUAACACUUACACAUAUUCUCAGACUGUAAGCUAUGAAUGCACUAAAGGCUUCACCCUGGUUGGAAAUAGCUCCCUUUAUUGUGAUAUAAAAGAUGACGACCGUGGAGAAUGGAGUAGCCCCCCACCUCAGUGCAAAGAGAAAUCUUCACCUACCCAGGCCCCAGCCACUCCUCAGAAGCCUACCACGGUAAAAGUUCUAACUCCAGGAGCCCCACCGACGCACCAGAAGCCCACCUCAGGGAAAGUUCCAGGUACAGGGGCCCCGCCAACUCCUCAGAAGCCCACCAGAGUCAAUGUUCCAACUACAAGAGUCCCACCAACACAUCAGAAACCCACCAGAGUCAAAGUUCCAACUACAGACAUCCCACCAAGUCCUCAGAGACCUACAAAAGCAGACGUUCCACCGCCAUCAGUCCCACCAACUGCUCAGACACCCACCACACGGAGUGCUCCACCUACAGAAGGCCCCCCAGCGCCUCAGAAACCGACCACAGCACACGCUCCAACGCCAACAGCCCCACCAACCGUGCAGAAACUCACCACAGGGAUUGUUUCAGAUACAGACAUCACACCUACUCCUCAGAAACCUACAGACAUAGACGAUCCAACUGUAACAGUCCCACCAAGUCCUCAGAAGCCCACCACAGUAAAUAUUUCAGAUUCAAAAGUCUCAUCAACUGCUCAGAAUCCCACUACAUCCAACAAUUCAGCCACCAAGGCCCUGGUAACAGCUCAGACAUUCCUCACACCAAAGACUCUGCCUACAAACACCCCGUUAGCAGGCCACAAGCCCAACAGGACUGCUUCUGCUACACAGACCACACCACCAACCCACAGAGUCACCACAGCAAAAGCUUCAUUAACACAGAGGCCUCCAGCAGCACACAAGUCCACAACUUCACACGUCCCCAUGACUAAGAGUCUCCAAAUCACACAGCGAUUCACCUCUGCUCGUAUUACAGCAACACACCAUGCACCUGGUUCCAGGACAACUGUGGGUUUUCAUGCAACGAAAACAUCUAAGGGGACAGAAAUGUCUACUUCAGGUGUUGCCAAUUAUUUAUAUGGGCACACAUGGGUCACACUGACAGUUUUGCUUGUGACGCUAGUAAUCCUUGGCUAGCUGACUUAACCAAAGAAGAGUUCAGAAGAAAGUACACACGAAGACAGAGAAUACUUCUAGUUUGUUAGAACCUUUUGGAGGAGAGGAUAUAAUAUAUGCAGUAGUUCUCUUUGUUUUGCAUGUUAUCAUUGUCUUUAAGGUAGGUGAGGAGUAGUAAUGAAGCAAGAAGGCAGUGGUCUGGGAUCUCAUUCUCAGUGGACCUAAGGACAUUUGAAAAUAGAACUCUCUAGAACUGGAGAUGUGGCUCAAGUGGUAGCAUGCCAGCAUGAGUGGAAAUAGACCCCACAGAACUGGCAGAAAUCACUUUCCUAAAAAUGGAGGAAAGGGUCUGGAGACUCAUCUUUAGGACAGGAGCAUGAGCAAAUGGGUUUUAUGUGUUUUGUUUUUCACUAGAUGUGGAAUGUGGUUUUCGCUGAUAAACAGAAAACUACAGUAAUUAGUUAGCAAAAAGAAAAAAAAUGGAAUCUAGUCUCUUCUUACACAUUGCCAAGAAGAGACAAACUACAUUUUAAUGGGUGACAUUUUCUUAUUCCAUUAAGAGAAGUCCAAAUUGGUUGGAGAAAAGAAAAACAUAGUAAUGAAUCAGAAGUGUUGUGUUUUGGGUUUUUGUGGCAGUUUUGUUUUGCCUUAGUUGUUGGCCUAGGAAGAGUACAUGGUAAGAAAGUGUUGUUGACACAGACAGAUAAUAAACCAGGAGUCUGCCCCACUGUUGUAAAAACAAAUGCGCUGCAGUUCUGUUCUCAGAAUAAUCCUUUCCCCAUUGUUUGUUCUUGUUUUCUCCAGUCGAGAGUCUUAUGAAAGAUGUUUUCACUACAACAUCAAGGAUUCUGUAAUUCUAAAGUGAGAUAUUUCUAGCCAAAUUGUAAAUCUUACUCUUUUGUAAUGUUCAGAUUAAUUUAUUUUUUAUUUAUGUCAGUGAAUAUUUUGAUUUUACAUGUAUAAUGAGAAGAUUUCAAGAAGACUAUGUAAAGAAAUAUUUAUUUUUCCCUAAAUAGAAAUAAAUAAUCAUACUUU